AUGCAAUACGGUUUUUAUAUGGAAAUAAAAAAGCGCAGGAUGAAUACCGGUUACAGGUACUCGGCAACCUUAUAUGAGUGCUUUCAAUACGCCUUUUACACAAUGCCAUUUUGUGCUCGUGUGGAAAAACGAAUUCUUUGCAUGCAUGGCGGCAUCAGCGAAGAGCUGAUGGAUUUCAAGCAGCUCGAGAAGAUUGAACGGCCAUGUGACAUACCUGAUAUCGGGGUAAUUGCUGAUCUAACAUGGGCCGACCCGGACCCGAACAUUUCUGGAUUCGAAGAGUCACCUAGAGGAGCAGCACGUAUCUUUGGAGCGGACGCGUUGAAGAAUUUCUGUAAGCUGCAUGGACUGGAUCUCGUUGUUAGAGCUCAUCAGGUAGUCCAGGAUGGUUACGAAUUUUUCGCCGAUCGACAUUUAGUCACAAUAUUUUCGGCACCGAAUUAUUGCGGGCAGUUUGAUAACACAGCCGCUGUUAUGCUCGUCAACAAGGAACUUAAUUGUACGUUCACACUGCACAAACCCAUAUUGAAGAAAGCACCGGCGUAA